UAGCAUAGCACCCUACUUACUGGAGCAGAUCCUCUAUUGAGCCUCGACUCUACUGGUGUGGUUACUGAUACGGUAUGUGAUUGUUUACAAAAUCCCCCAGUAUUUUUGUUUCUCUUUGCGUCUGCGUCAAAUACUUCCCCUCAAUUUUUGCUAGAGAUAGAGAGGAAAAAUGAUUUCAUUGCAGCAACCAUUUCUGUUACCCAACAACAAUUCACAUUCAUCAUUAUCAUCAUCACCGUUGUCAUUUCUAUCUCAAAGUAAAACUAUCAAAGAAAUCCAACAAUUUCAUUCUCUCACAAUCAAAACAAGCCAUUAUUAUUUCCGUCAAAGCCCCCCAUUACUUGGAAUUCUUCAUUCUUGUUGUACUAUAUUUCAGUCUUCAAAAAAUUCAAUUUCAAUUCAUGAUGUUAAUUACACUCUUUCUCUAUUUAAUCAAUUACCCAUAUUGAAUUCUUCUUUUAUUUACAAUUCACUGAUUAGAGCACUGACUUUGGUCAAUCAACCUCAACAAGCUUUCUUACUCUUCUACUCUAUGCUCCAUGAAAACACUGAUACUCUACUUUUUAAUAAAUUUACUUUCCCUUCUCUACUUAAAUCUUGUGCUCAACUUUAUGGUACUGGAGAAGGUCAACAAGUACAUGGGUUUGUUCUGAAAACUGGGUUUGCCUCUGAUUUAUAUGUUCGUAAUUCUUUAAUUUAUAUGUAUGCAAAAUGUGGAGAAAUUGAGAGUGCUCGUAAAGUGUUUGACGAAAUUCCUAUCAAGGACAAGAAUGUUGUUACUUGGAAUACUAUGAUCAGUGCAUUAGUUAAUUCGGGUGAUAUUGAUUCUGCUAGUAAAUUGUUUGAUGAAAUGCCUGAGAGAAAUGUUGUGUCGUGGAACUGUAUGAUUGAUGGAUAUACUAAACAGGGUUUACUGUGGGAGGCUUUUGAGUUGUUUGUUGAAUUGCAGGAGGUUUCAGGUUUGGAAGACUCUACGUUAAUGAGCAUUAUUUCUUUGAUUUCUGAUCUGGGUCUUCUUAGUUUGGCAAAGAGGGUUCAUGGGUAUAUUAUUCGUCAUGGGUUCUCACUGGAGGAUGGUCUUGGUGUGGCAUUGAUUGAUAUGUACUCGAAAUGUGGAAAUGUACACAAUGCCAUGGAAGUAUUUAAAGGUAUCAAGAACAAAAAUGUGGGUCAUUGGACAUCGAUAAUUGUUGGGUUUGCAGCUCAUGGAUAUGCUGAAGCUUCUCUUCGUUUGUUCUCGGAAAUGCAAAAGUCAGGGGCAAAGCCUAAUGCAGUAACCUUCAUUGGUUUCCUGAAUGCCUGUAGACAUGGCGGUCUAGUGGAAGAAGGGUUAAAGAAAAUCAAGCUUAUGAGACAAGCAUAUAAAAUAGAGCCUACUAUCCAGCAUUACGGAUGCUUGGUUGAUCUUCUAGGACGUUCAGGUUUCCUGAGAGAAGCAAAAAUGGUAAUUGAGAGUAUGGGAACGGAACCUGGACCAGUAAUUUGGGGCACACUGCUUGCUGCAUGUAGGAACCACGGAGAUAUUGAGAUUGGAGAGAUUGCAUUGAAGAAAUUGUCUGAUUUAACACCAGAUUAUGGUGGUGGGUAUGUUCUUCUGUCUAAUCUGUAUGCGAGAUCGGGAAGGUGGGAGGAUUUUGGGAAAACAAGAGGGGUGGUUGGGAAAAGGGGGUUAGAGAAAGGGCCUGGAUUAAGUUGGAUAGAAGUGGAUGGUGAAAUCCAUGAAUUUGUGGUGGGAGAUAAUUUUCAUUCAAGGAGUGAUGAAAUCUAUAGGUUGUUGGACGGAAUUGAGUGUAAGUUGGGAUGGACAGAGCUAUAACUCAGCUGUAACAGUUGAUCAUCAGGGACAUCGACUAGAAAACCUGCGGAGGGCACAUAACAGGUUUGACUUGGACCAGACAUUUCAGACCGAAAUCUCAUAUACCAGGGGGUUAAAUUUUGUUACACUGGUAUGCAUUUUUGAUUGGGGUCAUAUGACUCGUAUCUCUUUUUUAUACCAUUAGCGCCAACAAUGGAAGCCAGUCAGAUUGGACAGAUGUUGUGUCAACCAUAGCUGAAGUUGUACCAUACAUACUCCAGAGAGGUGAAGAAAUCAGAUUUCUCUGAGAAUGCUGUUGACAACCUUCUUCUUCACUCACAGGAUAAAGGUUAAACAUUAGCAAUCAUCAAGAUUCAACCUAUCUCCUUUCUGAUAACUUGGAUGAUGCAGAGACUGAUUGGACAAGUUAUUUUAUGACGCCUCUCAGUGCACACAACAUACAGACACAGUGAUACCCUCCAUUUAAUCAGGUCAACAAUGUCAUAUCUAUGUUUACAUCACUUGACAUACUCAUUAAUGUGAUGCACUUAUAAGUCAUAUGUUAAAAUCCACUCCCUGAGUCCUGAAACUAGUGUUUAUUCCCUAGUAAGAUUCUUUUUCGUAUUUGUUGAUAGUCAACUGUAAUAGCAAGCGCCAAAUUAGCAGAUAAAUGUCUGUAAACAGCCUCCUCACCAAAAGUAAUUGGAAAUCUUCAACUGAAGCAUGGGCCUACGCAAUCUAUAUUUAUGCUAUACAUGCAGAUCAUUCAUCUUUAACUGAGUUUUGGGUUUAUGUGCCAUUGUAAUAUAGUUAUAUGAAGUAUGAGUAUACCCUUUUGUUUAUGGGAAAAUGGAAAAUAUUCACUGCACAUGAUAAGCUCUUGUGCCAAAUAUAUAUACGGACACUGACACACGUAAAAUAAUGUG